AUGGAAGACCACAGCGAUACCGCCUCCAACGAGCAGGUCGUCGACCAGGUGCCCAAGCGCAUCAAGUCACUGCAGUUUGGCCUGCUCAGUCCCCCCGAAGUCGUCGCUCAGUCAGUUGUCCAAGUCGGCGACCGCAACCUCUACGACAUCUCAGAUCGACCCGGCGCCCCCCGAACAAUCACUGGCCAUGGUCCUCUCGACACCCGGCUGGGUACGUCCGCUAAGAACGGAACAUGCGAGACAUGCGGUUUGGGAUUGAAAGAUUGCAAUGGUCACUUUGGGCAUGUGAAGUUGGCACUGCCGUGCUUUCACUAUGGAUACUUGAAGAAGAUUAUUGAGGCUUUGAAUUGUGUCUGCAAGGACUGCAGUCGGGUCCUGCUGCCAGAGAAAGAGAAGCGAAUCUACCUGAAGUCCUUGAGGCGGCCGGGUCUCGAUGGCCUGAGAAAAGAUGUCAUAAUCAAGAAGAUCUCUGGCGAUUGUAGAAAGGUCAAGGUCUGUUCGCAUUGCUCGGCAUACAAUGGCCCCGUCAGAAAGGUGGCUGGCCAUCCGAUCAAGAUGUUUCACAACAAAUACGCCGCAUACAACAACUCAAAUGCAAAGAGCAAGGUCAAGCCAGACGAUAUGCAGGCAUUCGAGAAGACUUUCGAAGAGGCGAAGAAGGCCAAUCCAGAGGUCGAGCGUCAUAUGAAGCGUGCUCUGGACGAUCUGACCCCACUGCGAGCGCUCAACAUCCUCAAAAAGGUCCCCAACGCAGAUGUUGAACUGCUGGGCAUGGAUCCUCAAGCUGGAGGACGACCUGAGUACAUGAUUUGGACCCACAUACCUGCUCCACCUGUCGCCAUUCGACCUUCCGUUGCACAAGAGACUUCAAGCACUGAAGACGACAUCACCAACAAGCUGGGCGACAUCAUUCACAUCAACGGCCUAAUGGUGGCAGCACUUCAAGCUGGUCAGCCUCUUUCAAAAGUCAUGGAUAUGUGGGAGUUUCUGCAAGUCCAGAUCGCCAUGUACAUUGACGGCAACAUACCAGGUCUCGGUAAAGACAGCAGCUACGGCAAGGCGAUGCGUGGAUUUUGCCAGCGGCUCAAGGGCAAGCAAGGUCGAUUCCGUGGUAACCUGUCUGGAAAGCGUGUCGACUUUUCUGGCCGGACCGUCAUCUCUCCUGAUCCUAACCUGGCCAUUGAUGAGGUGGCAGUGCCAGCUCGCGUUGCUGUCAACAUGACCUACCCUGAGCGCGUCACCAAGCACAACUACGAAAAGCUAAAGGCUUGCAUCAGAAGAGGAGAUAAGGUCCAUCCUGGUGCUAACUUCAUCGUCAAGCACCGCGACAAGCGCCGCGUCACCCUACGCAUGGUCGGCAGCAGAGGAGACCUGACUAAGGUUGCUGAUCAACUCGAGAUUGGCGACACUGUAGAACGCCAUUUGGAAGAUGGAGACAUUGUCCUUUUCAACCGGCAGCCGUCACUGCACAAGCUUUCCAUCCUAUCACAUCGAGCAAAGAUUCGACCUUGGAGGACAUUCCGUUUGAAUGAGUGUGUUUGCAAUCCUUACAACGCCGAUUUCGAUGGAGACGAAAUGAACCUGCACGUUCCGCAAACAGAAGAAGCUCGAACAGAAGCCACCGAACUUAUGGGUGUAAAACACAAUCUGGCCACACCCAAGAACGGCACUCCCAUCAUCGCCGCCAUCCAGGAUUUCAUCACUGGCGCCUACCUCGUCAGCCAGAAAGACCUCUUCCUCAAUCGAAGAGAGUUCACUCAGAUCGUCAACUUUAUGUAUGUUGGCAUGCAGGUGAAGGAUCCAUACACCGGCAAGGCGUACGACAUUGAGAUUCCACCUCCUGCAAUCUGGAAGCCUCAACGUCUGUGGACUGGAAAGCAAGUGUGGAACAUGUUGAUGAAGCCGCACAAAGACUACCCGGUGAAUGUGAAUCUCGAGGCGAAGCUCAAGUCAUUCGCGCCUCCUCGAGAAGGUUUCAUCAACGAUAUGGUCGAAAACGAUUCCUACCUCGUCAUCAGAAACAGCGAGACCAUGUGCGGUGCCUUUGACAAAGCCACCAUUGGAGACGGAAAGAAGGACAGCGUGUUUUAUGUGAUCAUGCGAGAUUUCGGACCAGACUAUGCCGCUGCUGCAAUGACAAGACUUGCUAAGCUCAGCGCACGAUGGCUAGGUGAACGAGGCUUCUCCAUCGGCAUCAGCGACGUUUAUCCCAGCGACAAGCUAGUGAAGCGGAAACAAGCAUUGGUCGAUGCGGCAUACCAGCAGUGUGACGAGAUCAUUGACAAGUACAAGAGGGGCAAGCUCGAACGCAGUGCUGGAUGUGACGAAGAACAGACCAUGGAGAUCCUCGUCUCUGGUAUUCUCAGCAAGGUUCGACAGCAGUGUGGUGACGCUUGUUUCGCGGAGUUGAGCAAGUACAACGCACCUCUCACCAUGGCCAAGUGCGGCUCAAAAGGCUCCAACAUCAACGUCUCACAGAUGGUUGCAGCCGUCGGUCAGCAGAUUAUUGGUGGAAAGCGAGUACUGGAAGGUUUCCAAGAUCGCACCCUGCCACACUUCCCCAAGGCUAGCCGAGAUCCGCUCGCAAAGGGGUUCGUUGCAGACAGCUUCUUCAGCGGCCUGACGCCAACCGAGUUCAUCUUCCACGCUAUGUCUGGCAGAGAAGGUUUGGUUGAUACCGCUGUCAAGACGGCUGAGACUGGUUACAUGUCUCGUCGUUUGAUGAAGAGCUUGGAAGAUCUUAGCGCGCAGUACGACUUGACUGUGCGCAACUCUUCGUCUGGUGUUGUCCAGAUGAAGUUUGGAGACGACGGCCUGGAUCCUGUUGACAUGGAGGGCAGCGCCAAGCCUGUCAACUUCAACCGUACCUGGAUGCACGCCAUUACCAGUACGUGGGACAAUGCCGAGCGCGGACUGACCCAGAAAGAGGUCGAGCUCUACGUGAACGAAACCCUGAACAAGGAGCGAGCGAAAUUGAACAGAGUCUCCGAAGACAACCAACCGCUCGAAUAUGACGAUCAAAGUGUCAAGUCCACAGAUCAACUGGAGUACAGCAGACAGUUCUUAGACGACGUAACAAAGCACAUCUUUGACCAGGUCAAGAAGAUGGUCAGCACGCAGAAACGCCUGCCAGGAACUGAGAACACGUUCAAGCUAUCGCAGUCCGCCCUGGAGCGCUUCCUUCAGCUGUGUCUGCGGAAGUUUGAGAAGUCGAAGGUGGAAGCUGGCCACGCUGUCGGCGCCGUUGGCGCGCAGUCCAUCGGAGAGCCCGGUACCCAGAUGACUUUGAAGACUUUCCAUUUUGCUGGUGUCGCUGGUAUGUCGAUCACACAGGGUGUGCCACGUAUCAAGGAAAUCAUAAACGCAAGCAAAGUCAUCAGUACGCCAGUCAUCACCUGCGCUCUCGACUCACCAUACGAAGACAUGGCGGGACGAUUCGCCAAGGCUUUGAUUGAGAAGACGUACUUGGGCGAUAUCGUCGAUUACGUCGAAGAUGUAUGGCACUCCCAUGGCUGCUACAUCAACAUGCGAGUCAACUGGCAACAGAUUGAGAACCUCGGUUUGCGCAUCAAUAUGUGGCAGAUCACCGAAGCCAUCGACAGGACCAAAGGCUUCAAGGCGAUGGGUGUGACCGCUCGAGCCUCACCCAGCGGGCAGCAUAUCCGGGUACUGCUUAACGUGCCUGAGAAAGAUUCAAAAGCCAGACGGAGCGCCACGGCGAAGAACCGCAAUUCCAGCAACGACGACUCUGAAGUCUUAUUCGUACAACUGCACACCCUCAAGCGCAGACUGCCCGAGGUCGUGGUGAAAGGGUACCCAGACGCACAACGAGCCAUCAUCAAGAAGGACGACAAGUCCGACCACACCGGCAGAGAACCAAUCUCUGUCCUCGUCGAAGGCUAUGGCCUCAAAGCCUGCAUGACGACCGAAGGUGUCGACGGCUACAAGACUAAAUCCAACAACGUCAUGGAAGCUCGCGACGUUCUCGGUAUCGAAGCCGCUCGCAAGACCAUCAUCGACGAAAUCUCCUCCGUCAUGGGUGGUAUGGACAUCGAUCCACGACACAUGCAACUUCUAGCGGACGUCAUGACCUACAAAGGCGAAGUCCUCGGCAUCACUCGAUUCGGCCUGGCGAAGAUGCGAGAUUCCGUGCUCCAACUCGCCUCCUUCGAAAAGACCCCCGACCAUCUCUUCGAAGCCGCCGCCAAAAUGAAGAAAGACGACAUCGAAGGCGUGUCGGAGUGUAUCAUCAUGGGCCAGAGCAUGAGCGUCGGCACAGGCGCCAUGAAGGUCGUCCGACCCCUGAACCUAAACGGCGUCGAGAACGUCUCGGAUAGGAUGGACUUCCAGAUCGCGUCGAGGGGUGCGGUGGGGAGGAAGAGGGACAGGCUGAGGACGAGACGGGGGGAGUUCGGAGUGGGCAUGGUUAAUGGGCAUGCUGUUGCAGCAGCUGCUGCUUGA